CCGUGCACUUCCGUCACGUUCGCCAGAGUGGCGCAAUCAGGCUGCGCGUUGUUGCGGCGUGUGCGUGCGUGCUGACGGACUGACGGAGCCGGUGCGCCGGUAGCCUCAGUGGUGUUGUACUAUGGACCUGCGGAGCAGCGCUGAGACAGACCCGGAUCUCUCCGAUUACCACCCCGGCUCUGUCCCGACAGAGCUGCAGUCCAGGAAGCAGGAGCAGGAGAAGCUGUCGGGGGUGGUGAAGAGCGUGCACCGAAAACUCCGCAGGAAAUACAUUGAAGUGGGAGAUUUCGAGAAAAUAUGGCGCGAGCAUUGUGAAGACGAGCAGACUCUCAGUGAGUAUGCCAUGGCCAUGAAGAACCUGGCCGACAACCACUGGGCGAAUAAAUGCGAGGGCGAGGGACGCAUCGAGUGGUGCCGCAGUGUUUGUCAGGAGUACUUCCAGGAUGGAGGGAUGAGGCGAGUGUUGGAGAAGGAUGAGAAGAGCUCUAAGCUUGCAGCAGCUGGAAAUAACACAUCUGCAAACGCUCUACCACAAUCGUCUUCUCCAAGUAACCGCUCAACAUUCCAGCUUGGGAGGAUACGACUGUUGGAUGUGGGCAGCUGUUUCAAUCCCUUCCUGAAGUUUGAUGAGUUUCUGACUGUCGGUAUCGACAUUGUGCCGGCAGUAGAGAGUGUCUACAAAUGCGACUUUCUGAACCUGCAGCUGCAGCAGCCUCUGCAGCUGGCCAGUGACGCCUUGGAUGCCUUCCUGCGGCAGCUGCGUGGCCCCAUCGACGCUUUACCUGCCCAGCUGUUUCACGUGGUGGUCUUCUCCCUGCUUCUCUCCUACUUCCCUUCACCCUAUCAGCGCUGGCUCUGCUGCAAGAAAGCACAUGAACUUCUGACCCUGAACGGCCUCCUCCUCAUCAUCACCCCUGACUCCUCCCACCAGGGCCGGCAUGCGCUUAUGAUGCGCAGCUGGCGAGUUGCAGUGGAGUCUCUGGGCUUCAAGCGCUACAAGUACGUCAAGUUCUCCCACAUGCACCUGAUUGCUUUCCGUAAGGUGUCGCCCACCACCAGCAGCGACCUGGUCAGCCGCAACUACCCUGAGAUGCUUUACAUCCCGCAGGACUUUAACACGCUCGAUGAGGAGGGAUACACCGAUUGCUAUGAGCCUCCACGCUCAGAUUUCGAGGAUGACCAGUUGGCGUGUAGCUUCGCGGAAUUGCCAGACACGCCAUAUGAUUCGGACUCGGGUGAGAGCCAGAGCAGCUCGGCGCCCUUCCAUGAGAUGGAAGACCCCAUUUUGCUGCAGAGCUGAACUUGUUUACUGCCCCUCUUGAUAUUUAGUACCCUACCGUCGUGCUGCCAAAAUUGCUCUGCUGCGUUUAUGUACUCGACCCCUUUUUAAGCAGCAAAAAUUUUGCACAGAGUGAAUGAGGACGUUUAAGUGGGUGUUGGUUUUUAAGAGUGUGCAAGACACAAUUAUACACACUAAACAAUCUUAAAGGGUUAGUUCACCCAAAAAUGAAAAUUCUGUCAUUAAUUACUCACCCUCAUGUCGUUCCACACCCGUUCAUCUUCAGAACACAGGUUAAGAUAUUUUUGAUAAAAUCCAAUGGCUCAGUGAGGCCUCCAUUGCCAGCAAGACAAUUAACACUUUCAAUGCCCAGAAAGCUUUUAUCAAAUGGAUAUUACAGGUGGAUUUUAUCAAAAAUAUCUCGAUUUGUGUUCCGAAGAUGAACGAAGGUCUUACAGGUGUAGAUCAACAUGAGGGUGAGUAAUUAAUGACAGAAUUUUCAUUUUUGGGUGAACUAACCCUUUAACUAAGAAAUAGAAGUGAUGUGGUUUUGUAACAGAAGCAGCUAUGUGAUAUCAGCUCACCCACUUUGGCUGUUUUCUCAUUUAGAAUGACUGUCAACUGGACAAACCUUUUCAAACUAGCAUAAGUUACAACUUAGGCGUAGUUAUCAUCGGUGUCGAACCUUUUGGCUGGAGUUACUAUAUUGUGUUGGUCUUCGUUCCGCCAAAAAUGAACAUACUGUCAUCAUUUACUCACUCUCAUGUUGUUCCAAACCCUUGACUUUGUCUUAAACACAGAUAUUUAGAAAAAAGUCCAUUUUGUUUUGUACCCCACUGAUUUUUAUUGUAAAGAAAAAAACAGUUCUUCAACAUUAAAGUAAUGAAAGUCAUACAGGUUUGGAACAACAUGAUGGUGAGUAAAUAAUGACAAAAUUUCCCAUUUUUUUUGUGAACAAACCCUUUUAAUGGGUUGAUUAUCAGCAAGUUUCCACUGGACAUUUUGGAUGGAGAUUUCAGCCAUCUGUUUUGGAAUAGCCUUUAUCAAUGAUAUUUGUAGCAUUUUAAGUGUUUGCAGAACUUGUGCGUGUUUGGUUAUGUGACAUUGUAACUGUGAAUGUGGAUUUCUUGCUUCAACAAGGUACAAAUCAUGCGAAGUAGUCAUAGUUUUUCAGAACAAACAAUCUUACAGGUGACCGGAUUGGAUGCAUGUAUUGUGUGGUAACAUGUUUCUAAUCUUACGAUCAAACCGCUAUUAUAACCAGUACUAUCCAAUUACUAGUCAGUAGUAUGUAGUGUGGAGCAGGUUAGAUUUCUGUGCAUUUUGCCAUAAUGUGACUUUGAGUAGGAUGAUUGUUUACUCUUGACUGUUUACUCUCAAAACCUUACGCUCUAAAUCUACUUAGUGUAUUGUUAUCUGGUGUUUAUCUAAUUGAGUUGUUCAGUAUAUUAUUUUAGCUUCCCGCUUUCAAUUAUAAAAUAUAACUUUUAAGGUACAAAAGUUUGGAAAGUACUUUGCCAAUUUUUUCACAAACAGUCGAUUUGAAGUACUAUCAAAAGAUUGUUGCGUAUCACUGUACGUUUUUAGCUCCUAUGUUUGUGUAAUUGCAGAAUUUGCAGCUUUUUUAAUUCACUCCAGGUUCUUAAAAACACUAUAUUAAAUGUCCAAGCACAUAUUUGCACAUUUUCGAUAACACCCUCUGUAGGGUUGGCAAAAUAUCGAGAUUGGCAUCAGCACUUCAUUAGAAUAGCAAUACAUUCAUAAUCAUAAACGGUCAAAAAUGUCCCAUAUCACUGUAACCUGGCAGUUAUAUUGAGUAACUGAUAGUAGGCACUGUUUUGUAUUGUAUUAACAAGGUUACCGAUGGGUAAACCUGAUGACAUGAGAAUAUGCAGUCUUUACUCCUGAAGGAGUGUGUGAGAUGUACAUUGGGGUUCUGUUGAAGUAUCUAUGUGAGGUUUUGGUGUUGGGCACUUUAAAUGUGUUGUAGGGGUGCCAAAUAUAAGUGUGGAAAGAUUUGAAAGAAUUCAGUAUGUGAUCUUUCAGGGUAUCAGAAAAAACAAAAAAAUCCUCCAAGGUGCCUUCAAACCCAAAUUGUAUUUUUGCAUUUGUGAUUAUAUAGAAUGGAUGCAAGAACAGGCUACUGAUUGUCAUUUGAAAGUAAGCUAAUUUCUCUCCCACAAUAAACAGUUACAGUACAUACUUUCAGCGAAAUAACCAGCUCUUGGCUAAAUUACUAAAAAUACUGCCCUACUAGCAAUAGCAUUUAAGGCAUUCUUUAGUCUGUACUCGAUUUAUAAAUCUGAGAAAAAAUGUUUUAAAACCAUAAAAAAAAAGCUUUGUAUUAUAAUGUUUACUUAGUGGUGUGUUCAAACAUUCACAUAUCAAAUAUAUUUGUCUUCCCCAGGCUUUAAUCCACUGUUUGCAUGAUUGAUUUUCUUUAUCAGUGUUAUAAUGGUUGACUGCCACAGGAACAGGCUGUUUGUGAGAACUAUUGUCAUUCAUCUUUUAUAAAUAAAGGUUUUUGCUGCCUUC